CGUCCGCGGCCCAGGCCUCUCGCCGCUGCGCAGUGCAGUGUAGAUAUUACCGGAGGGCGAGAGGGUUGGGCUGAAUGGUAAAAUCUCCCGCUAUGAAAUCAGAAUCUGAAUUUACAACAGGACGGUAGGAUGCGUUCGUUUUUCUACUCAUCAAACAGGCCAACAGGUGCGUCGUUAGAGUCUGGCGCUGACAUGCUGGUGACAGGUAUGCUAUCCCUGCUCCUGCUCGCGCACCAGUGUGUGUCCGCGCCACAGGUGCCCGAGGACCAAAGAGUACAGUCAGCGGGAGCCCUUCCCCCUUUCACUCUGGCCAAUCCCUUCGGUUCUGGAGAGGAGGACCGCAGGCUGCUGCAGAGCUACAUCAAGGCCAACCUAAAGGAGGGACAUGGAGGACCGGAUAACACCUGGGAACAAGGUAAACACACACACACACACACACACACAGUGACAUUAUUAAUGGAUCAUCUUCCUAUUUCCUGCUGGUCAGAGGUGUUCUUCCUGUUCAGUCUCCAUGACUACGACCGCAGCGGUCACAUGGACGGCCUGGAGAUGAUGAAGCUGCUCUCUGAAUACAACUCCCACAAUGCACCUGGAGAACAGUCAGCUGAGUUGGUGGCCAUGGUAGACUUUCUCCUGCAGACUCAGGAUCUAAACCAGGACGGUCUAAUAGCUCCCCCUGAGCUUCUCUCUCCUCCCAAACUACAACAGCCAGACUCUAACUCCCAGGGUGCACCUGAACAGGAAGGGGGUGUAGAUGUCAAAGAGGGAGUCAAUGUUGAGGAACCAAAACAAGAGACAGAGCAGGAAGAGGAAAAGGAAGCAGAGGAACAGCUCAAGGAGGAAGAGUCAAGGCCAGGAGAUCAGGGACAGUAAAUUAAGACAUGAACAUUCUAUACAGGAAGAGGCGAAAGGACCACAUAUCCCAUAGGCCCCUGCUCCUGUACUACAUCAGGGGCAACCUGAGAUGUAAACACAAUUAUAAUACGCAAACAGCACUCCAGCACAACACUUCCAUCCAGAGAGUUGGGUCAGCCAAUAGCAGGGGCCUGUUGACUGACAUGCAGAGUUACCAAAUCACAGCCUCUUACACACCUUUGAGGGUCUUGUUUCAGUUUCAAGCUGAUGGAUUGUCCACUUUUUUUGUAAAAAAGUCAAGGUAUGUUGUUUUCAAGCUGUGGUUUCAUUUCAACACAUUGCUCUUCUGAACAAGAAACAAUAUCUCAGGUUUGAAUGUGUUGUGCCAAAAGAUAUGCCUUACACUGCUAAAUAGCAGUUUGUCCAUGUAGUUUUCAUAUACUUUUUGCAGUAAAUACCCUGUUGAAGCAAUCCAAAUUAAGCCAAAAAUUAGAAAUGGACAAUUUGAGAAGUUCAGGAAUACGUCAAGUGCAACGCCUUCCAACGAUACUUGGGAGUCGAAGUAUUCCCCUUCCCAGAACACACUGCAGUUCAUCCCCCCAUGGAUGCAAAAGGAAUGGACUGAGUUAGGAAAUAAGUGGAAAAUUCAAGCUCAUGGAUUUGGGCUCCUCAUUACUGCAUUUGUUGACUAGAUUCAUCAUUAGGGACAUUUUGUUUUUACUGGUAACUCAGGUCAAAAACCUUGGUCCCUUAUGCAACCGGCAAACUAAAACUUGAUUUGUACAAAUACUUUUUUUGGUUCCCUGCACAGCCCCAAUUCAGAGUUGCACACGUUCCUUUGAAAUCCAUGAAGGGAAUUAACAAAUAUACACUUUGGGGAGAAGGGUCAUCUAAAAAUUGGGCUAGGAUGUUUAAUUACAUGAAAUCAAAAGCAAUAAAGACAAUUUGGGGAUUAAUUUAAGAACCUAAUGAGUAUUUGGUUUGCUGUACAUUUUCCUGAAUUGAGGGUUUGUAUUUUUAAGACUAAAAUAAAUAAACCUACUACGAAUGCUAACUUUA